GGAAGGAACUUUCCGAAGGGAGAGCAAGUCAGCCCCGAAUUCCGUCCCGCGUGCCUUCUCUUGCCCAUGUAGGACUCCAGCGUUUCUUCCGUUUCUUUUCUCCGAAUUCCCACCAAAUUCAAUAAUCAUUACUUUUUCUCUCUUUUCUUAACCUGCAAGAACACAACGAUCCAAAUUUCCUCUUGUUUUCUCCCUCUUCACGCCUAAUUUAAUCAAUCAAAAAGCCGUUUCUUUGAGGUUUUCGCGCUUGUUCUGUAUCUGCACAACUGCUCCGUAUUGAAUCCUUUUGAUUGAAGCAGAGUCAGGGUCUCCUCCCCGAUUUCGUAGCAGAUAUGUUACAUCGAAGCUUCAAGCCCGCAAAAUGCAAAACAGCGUUGAAACUUGCGGUUUCACGAAUAAAGCUUCUGAAGAAUAAAAGAGAAACUCAAGUGAGGCAACUCAAAAGGGAGUUAGCCCAAUUGCUUGAGUCAGGGCAGGAUCAGACGGCUAGAAUCCGGGUUGAACAUGUUGUUAGGGAAGAGAAGACAAUGGCUGCAUAUGAUCUUAUAGAAAUAUACUGUGAGCUGAUUGCAGCACGCUUGCCAAUGAUUGAAUCACAGAAAAACUGUCCUAUUGAUUUGAAGGAGGCAAUUUCGAGUGUAAUAUUUGCAUCCCCACGGUGUUCAGAUAUACCUGAGCUCAUGGAUGUGAGGAAGCAUAUGACAGCUAAAUAUGGAAAAGAAUUUAUCUCAGCAGCUGUUGAAUUACGGCCUGACUGUGGUGUAAAUCGCCUGUUGGUUGAGAAACUGUCUGCCAAAGCACCAGAUGGUCCAACUAAGAUGAAAAUACUGACUGCAAUUGCUGAGGAACAUAAUAUAAAAUGGGAACCUAAGUCUUUUGGAGAAAGUGAUUUAAAGCCCGCUCAAGAUUCACAGGUUGGGCCAAAUGCAUUUGAGAAGGGUAACUAUGUGGAACCUCCUCAAGUUCAUGUUCCAGCUAUUCGUGAUGAAAAGGGACCUUCUAAUUUACACGGUUCCUCUCAAUACGAAGAAAUGCGAAUUAUGCCUACAAAUAUAGAUGAAAAUACUAGUGUUGCUCAUAAAAUGGUUGGUGGCAAUAAGUCAACAACAUCAAGCACCGCUAAUCCAGGGAUUGGAUCAUCAGGAACUGGAAAUCAAGAAGUGGAUUCUGCAGCUUCUCAUUAUGAAGACAGGAGAAAUGUUCCUAUGGAUAAUAUAAAUUGGAGCAUGGAAUUUAAGGAUGCUGCCUCUGCUGCGCAGGCAGCUGCAGAAUCUGCAGAGCAUGCGAGUAUGGCUGCCCGAGCAGCUGCAGAACUUUCAAACCGUGAAAGAAUAAUUAGGCAGUAUUCAAGUGGAUCACAGGGUUCUUCUGGAAGUGUUUUAAGAUAUGAAGUUCCUCAAGAAUUUGCUUUUCAUGAUGAUAAACGUCCUCCCACAGAAAGUGCAGGAAUGACUGCUAGUGCAGCUGCAGACCAACCAAUUCGUGAAAAGACAAGCAAGCAACAUUCAACUGGAUCACAUAUAUCACACAAGAGUAAUGAAAUACCUCAAAAAUAUGCUCCUUUUGAUGAUGAAAAGCGUAUUUCUACUGGUUCUGUUGAUAACAUCGUCCACAGUAGUACUUUUGCAAUGCAUUAUGGGCAAAUUAGAAGCAGAGAACAAGAUAGGCCUGCAAGAGCGCCUGAUGAAUAUAACAUGAAUAGUUAUGAGAAUGUGGUGAAUCGUCCCCCGUCUUCUACCUUCAUAUCUAGUGGUUCUUUUAAUGAUGAUAACUUGUUUGCUGUUGAUUCUAAAAGGGCAAAUAUAGAUCCUGAAAAUAAUUCAUUUAAGCGAGAAAAUAGUGACUACCUAUAUGAAAUGAACAUGAAAAAAGGGGCGAGUGGAACUGAAGUAGAUGAAGUCAGUGAACUGCAUUCUGAUUUGGAUACUGAAAUUGAAAACAAUGAUCUAUUUGGAGAUGGAAGGAUGGAUAGGCAGUCUAGAAAAGCUUCCCCUUCUGCUCAAUUUAUUAUGCCAAGUGAUGAUCGUAAUGAUGUUUUCAAGUUGAAUGAUCCAAAGGUAAACAACAGUCCUGUGGGAGACCUUUUUGUUACCGAUGAAGGAAACACUCACAGAAUAUCUAUGGAAACAAAUUCUUAUAAUGAUACUCCUGUUGUUUUUGAUGAUUCAGAGUCAGAGGGUGAUGAUUAUAAAUUUGUGGAUAAAAUGUAUGGGGAACAGGGAUCUGGUUCUUUCUUCUCAUCUAUUGAUAAUAAAUCACAUGCAGAUCCAUUAGCUAAUAGCAAUGCUUGGAACCCUGGACAAGACGUUGAUGAGAAUGAGACAAGCUUAAGUUCACAGUCACAUUUUUCUGAGGUUUCUGAAAGCUUGAGAAAAUCUGCUGUUUCUCCUGGGAAAGAAGACUUGCCACCUCUGACUUUUGAUGAUUCAGAUGGUCCGAGUUCAGAUGGUGAGGAGGAUAUGGUCAAGUCUAACGUUUCUGAGAGUUAUAAUCAUGGAAAUUCUUUCCAGCCCUCGUCAUUGUUUGAUAAAAAUGUUGAUUCUGACAGAAAGUAUGGAUUAUCUUCAUCUUUAGCUGAUUUAGAUACUGUGGAAGAGAAUUUUAAGGGAAAGAUAGACAUCACUAGUGUGCCAGAAAAGAAUUACAGGUAUGAUGACGUGCCAACCAAGAAGCCACCCUCUGAAGCAAGUUCUUCGUUGAGUUCAAAUCUCAGGACAAGUGUCCUCUCGUCAAAGUCAUCUGAUACUUCGGAAGAAUCUCACAUAGAAGAAAGUGGUAAGGAAUUAAACUACGGAUCAUUGAAGGGUGGGUUUCGCAAUAAAGGUAUUGGGCGGCGACCAUAUCUUAAAAGCUCAUAUAAGGUUUCAUCAUCACUGGAUGAAAUUCCAGUCCAGAAUGAAGGAUCUUUUCCUUCUCAGAGGGCAUCAGUGAACUCUGAUGCUCAUAGUCAGGAUGCAUACCAGAGUAAAGUGAGCCGAGAAAAUAAAAGUAUGGGCUUCAGAGAACAGAAAACAUUGGAUUCUAAUAGUUAUAACCCUGUUCUGAAGUCACAAGAGAACACAACUGAUACUCGAGAUCCUUACAUUCAAAAGCAAGAGGAAAGUGAAGCAAGGAGGAAAUCAAGCUCCAAGGUCUCUAAUACUUACUUUGAUUCUGAUAGUAGUUGUUCUGAUGAUGAAUAUCCCAAACAAAAUUCAGGCAGUCGUGUCCGCCCUGUUGGUGGAUUUUCUCGAAGGACGACAACUAUGAAAUCUGGUGCAAGUUCAGGACUUGCAUGGAAAUCUCCAAGAGCUUCUAAGGAGAGUGAAAAUCAAAAAAUGGCCUCUUCCAGGACGAUGACCUCUGAUAAUUUGGCAGCUCCCAGGUAUUCAUCAACAGAAAAAGCAGCAUUCAAGCCAAUCCCAGAUUCUAUCAAGUCCUUAGAUGAAGUUACAAGGUCAUCUGCGAAGGUGCAACCUUCCCAUCCUUUACCUAAAACAGUGACACCAGAUAACGUAGAGGCUUCUGGUUCUUCAAAUGCUGAUGGGGAUACUCCCUCUAAGGGUGACGCUAGUCACGUUCAUCCUAAGCUACCUGACUAUGAUUCCUUCGCUGCACACUUCCUAUCUCUUAAGAAGGGUCGUCAAUGAACUUUAUUUAUUUCAUAAUGGUUCGUUUUUACGUGUAAAUUUGUGAAAUAAGAUUCGAAUUACGUUAGGAACACAGUGAUUCGUAUAUUUUUCUUGUAUACAUUGAGGUAAUGCAUUUGUUUUGCUAUCCCAUUUUGGUGCAUAUACAAUAAAUUGAACAGCACUAGUUGUCCUGUCA